AUGACACACACACCUGACCCGACCCUGUACCAGAACACACAGACCAGACCCUGUACCACACCACACCAGACCCUGUACCAGAACGCACCAGACCCUGGACCAGAACGCACCAGACCCUGGACCAGAACGCACCAGACCCUGGACCAGAACGCACCAGACCCCUGGACCAGAACGCACCAGACCCUGGACCAGAACGCACCGCACCAGACCCUGGACCAGAACGCACCACACCAGACCCUGUACCAGAACACACCAGACCCUGUACCAGAACACACCAGACCCUGGACCAGAACGCACCAGACCCUGGACCAGAACGCACCAGACCCUGGACCAGAAACGCACCAGACCCUGGACCAGAACGCACCAGACCCUGGACCAGAACGCACCAGACCCUGGACCAGAACGCACCAGACCCUGGACCAGAACGCACCAGACCCUGGACCAGAACGCACCAGACCCUGGACCAGAACGCACCAGACCCUGGACCAGAACGCACCAGAUCCUGGACCAGAACGCACCACACCAGACCCUGUACCAGAACACACCAGACCCUGUACCAGAACACACCAGACCAGACCCUGUACCAGAACACACCAGACCCUGUACCAGAACACACCAGACCCUGGACCAGAACGCACCAGACCCUGGACCAGAACGCACCAGACCCUGGACCAGAACGCACCAGACCCUGGACCAGAACGCACCAGACCCUGGACCAGAACGCACCAGACCCUGGACCAGAACGCACCAGACCCUGGACCAGAACGCACCAGACCCUGGACCAGAACGCACCAGACCCUGGACCAGAACGCACCAGACCCUGGACCAGAACGCACCACACCAGACCCU